ACGUUUUCUACACGUGGCACAUGGGUGACGUUAGUUUGCACCAUUUCCUCCACAACACCCCAAAAUAAUUCUCCAUGGUCGAGUCACUGCGGGUCAAGACAGCUACAGACACCUCCCCUAGCAAUUUACGACAGCCCCCAGUCUGAGUGGGGAACCGUACGCAUGAGUCUGCACGUAGCAAACUUUUAGAAAUCCAGCCCCGGCUAUCAGGCGGCCAACUGCGCACAGAAACAUCACGAAUAGGAGGAACCACCGGAAUCCCCACACCGUUAACUCCCCCCGAGCCCGGUCGAAGGCAGACUUCAGAGGACACAUUUCUGCUGCGAACCCAUGCCCUGGACGAGGAUGGAGCUCCCGUGUUGGUGUUUAUUGUUAUUGAGCUGCCUGGAGUCACUCUCCGCUCACAAUGACUUCUUCACCUCCAUAGGUCACAUGACAGAUCUGUUAUACACAGAAAAAGACCUCGUCACUUCUCUGAAAGACUACAUCAAAGCAGAGGAAAAUAAACUAGAGCAGGUCAAACGGUGGGCGGAUAAGCUGGAUUCUUUGACAGCCACAGCAACUCAGGACCCAGAGGGUUUCCUGGGCCAUCCUGUCAAUGCCUUCAAACUGAUGAAGAGGCUGAACACAGAGUGGGGGGAUCUGGAGAGUCUUGUGCUUAAGGACACCACUGAUGGAUUUAUUUCCAACCUGACCAUUCAGAGACAGCACUUUCCCUCAGAGGAGGAUCAAACUGGCGCUGCUAAAGCUCUUCUCCGGUUACAAGACACAUAUAAACUGGAUGCUAACACCAUCUCCAUAGGAGACCUGCCUGGAGUGAAGCACAAGAGCAAAAUGACGGUGGAGGAUUGUUAUGAGUUGGGUAAAAUAGCUUAUACUGACGUGGAUUACUACCACACAGAGCUGUGGAUGGUCCAGGCCCUGAAACAGCUCGAUGAAGGAGAGGAGUCCACUUUAGAUAAGGUUACUGUGCUGGACUACCUAAGUUAUGCCGUCUACCAGCAGGGAGAGUUAGAGCGUGCACUGGAUUACACAAAGAGGCUGCUACAACUUGAUCCAGAGCACCAGCGUGCUAAAGGCAACCUGAAAUACUUUGAUUUCCAGUUGGAAAAGCAGAAAAAGGCAGCGGAUGAAAAUCCUCAGAAAGAGAAGGAGAGAGGGAAACGACAAACGACAAAGACAGAGAAGAGAAAGUUUUCCAAAAAGGCUCUCUCACUGAUUCCUGAGAGGGCGAAGUAUGAGAUGCUUUGUCGUGGGGAGGGUAUCAGAAUGACACCCCGCAGACAGAGCAGGCUCUUCUGUCGUUACCAUGACAACAAUCACAACCCCCACUAUGUGCUGGCACCUGUUAAACAGCAAGAUGAGUGGGACCACCCCUACAUCGUCCGCUUCAUUGACAUAAUCUCAGAUGAAGAAAUUGAGAUGGUCAAGCAGCUGGCAAAACCCCGACUGCGCAGGGCAACCAUCUCCAACCCCAUCACUGGAGUGCUGGAGACUGCUCCUUACAGGAUCAGCAAAAGAGUCUCCAAGAGUGCUUGGCUCACUGGCUAUGACGAUCCUGUAAUUGAUAAGAUAAACCAGAGAAUUGAAGAUCUCACAGGCCUGGAAAUGGACACAGCUGAAGAGCUGCAGGUUGCAAAUUAUGGUGUUGGAGGUCAAUAUGAGCCUCACUUUGACUUUGGCAGGAAAGAUGAGCCAGAUGCCUUUAAGGAGCUGGGAACUGGGAACCGCAUUGCAACUUGGCUCUUUUAUAUGAGUGAUGUCGCUGCAGGUGGAGCUACAGUUUUCCCCGAUGUUGGUGCUGCAGUUUGGCCUCAAAAGGGAUCUGCUGUGUUCUGGUACAACCUGUUUGCCAGUGGCGAGGGAGACUAUAGCACCCGGCAUGCAGCUUGUCCCGUGUUAGUGGGAAAUAAGUGGGUAUCCAACAAGUGGAUCCAUGAACGAGGCCAGGAGUGGAGGCGGCCCUGUGGCCAGAAUGAAACUGAAUGACAGAAGAUAACCUCCCCAUCCAAUUCCCUUUCCUCUCUCCUCUUCUUUUCAAACCACCAAGCACCAACGUACGCUGUUUCGGUUCACAGAUGAUGUAUGGGGUCCAAACGACUCAAUCCUACUUUUCAAACACACUUUUUUUGUCUUUUCCCCCAUGGUAGUCUCCAUUCCCAGAGAUUGUCUUGGUUAACUAAGCUACUGGACUGUAUCAGCAUCUCGGUGACAAAAAACAUGUUUUUUAGAUUGAAAGAUAGUUUUAAGAAAUUUUUGAAAGUUUUUUACUCCCAUGUGUUUUUAUAAAAAAAUAUUUGCACUUUUUUUUUCUACAGCUUUGUGAUGAGACCAUCUUUCUGUAGGGCCGAACUGUUUCUCCUUGUGUUUGAACUUCAAAGGGACGGUUCACAUUUUAAAAGCCUUAUCUGACUGGUUCUGUUCAACAGAUUGAAUUAAUGUUUCAUUUAAGUCUUGUACUUUGAUAUUUUAAAUGAAAAUUCACCAUAGUUGUGAAAGACUUCCUGAAACUGUGUUCAUUUAAAUGUAGUUUUUAGUGCCAGUGCAUGAUAAAAGUCAUUUUGGGGCACUGUACAGAGAGGUCCUGUUUGAUGCAGCCCUUUUUUAGUGAGUCUAGUAGCAGAUAACAUCAAAACUUUCUGAGUUUCAGUCCCCUCUCCAGAGCACACACAGAUUGGAAGGUGACUCUGGCGAGAACUCACUUCGAAAGGCACAUGGUGUCCAGCAGAACCAGAUAACAUUUGCCAAGUCCUGACCUUGUGUUUUGUUUUGUUUUUUUAAUUUCUUGUAUUUUGAGCAAACAUGUUGUUCAGAAGAACUUUGCUUUAUGACUUUAUAAUAUAAUACCACACACAAAGUUAAAUGAAUUGGAUCUUUUCUUGGUUUUAUAUGGUUUCUUAAGUUGCUGGCUGUUAAGAAAGACGUCAGUCUUUUGUUGUGAAUAAACAAAAUAUUACAGAAUUUACAGGGGAUAACCAGUACAGAUUUUUGUUUGAUGCCAAGACUAUGCAACACUUUUUAAGAUGACAUGCAUGUUGUUGGUUUGCUUCUUUGGUUCACUCUUUAAAUUUUUUUUACACUAUGGCCUGUUACACACCUGCAUGAUGUGUUUAUAGACUCACAUUUAGUGACAUUUAAAUGCAACUACAAAAAAAGAUGCAGAAAAUUCAGUGUUUUGUUUUCUAAAUGUAAGUUGAUAUGUGAUCAUUCUGAUUGUUAAAAAUGUGGGAGACAGUCGGUGGGUGUCUGCUUUGGCACACAGAGACGAACAGCACGGACACCAGGUGAAGGGGACGCCAUGGGGGUCUUGAAUGCGGUUUUUGAUCAGUGGUUGUUGUGUGGGUUGUCCACACUGGCCCACCCUUGUAGUGAGAGAAUGCAGAUUCUAUCACGGAGGAGACAUUUUAUUUAUAAGUCCAAAACCAUUUCUUUGUGUUUUGUUAUGUGCAAAAUAAACGUCUGAAGUUGUUUUUAUCUUUUGUUUUUUCUAUAAUAAAGACAUGAAGAUAC